GUCGGAGGUUGUCGUUGCCAUCGAACUCCGUACUCUCCCAUCAAUGGAGCGGGCGAUGGUGACGGGUUUCAGCAAGUCCUUCUUUCUGCCGCUCUGCGUAGCACUGCUUUGUCGGUGUGUAGCUGCGGAAUUUGAUCCUCGGCUUCCUGCUUGCACGCCCUCCAGUCAGCACAGCACAGUUUUGAACUACUUCAUGCACGAUGAUUUGGACUCGAGACCAGUGGCGACUGCAAUCACCGUCGUGCCAGGCGUUAGUCCACUCAACGGAGGAGUGAAUCCGAAUGCGUUCGGAGCCAUUGCGAUUUUCGACGAUUCCAUCACCGAGGGACCCAGUGUCAGCUCCAAGGAGCUCGGCAGAGCCAGAGGAUUUUACAUGUUCGACUUAAUGCUGGGCAGCGGUGUGGGUCUCGAGUUCCAGUAUACGGUUGCUUUUGGCAAUGGAAGUGCAUUUCCAGGAAGCACUCUGAGCUACAAGGGCUACGACAAGAUCGACGAUGUCGUGCGCGAAAUUUCGGUCGUCGGAGGAACAGGAGAGCUUCGCAUGGCCCGCGGUUGGGCUGUGAUAUAUACACAGUCAUUGAAUACUACAAAUGGCGGUGCUGCCAUUCUCAACGUCACUUCCUAUCUUUACUAUGGCUGCGAUGCGCAAGGGACCCUCGUGAGCUCUAGCACGAAGACGUCUCCUUUAUUGGGAAUCGUGUCAUUGCUUGCUACUCUCAGCUCCAUGAUUUUCUUACAAGCAGCAGUUUGAUAGACAUUUAUACUAGACUGGAAACACUGAGCUGCGCCAGCUGCCCAGACGAUUCUUCAAAUCGUCUGUUGCUUGUUCAGUAUAUUCUUUCUACACACAAAAGCUCAGAGCUUAUCUUGAGCUACUUUCUGCCCUUUCUGCACUUUUUACACCACGAUUUCUCUGGUCUUUUAGUAUCCAUUCUUUCCACCUAGAACCCUUGGUUCGAAGGUCGUGCAGAAUAUCCACUCAUGGAGUGCCGAAGCCAAAGGAGCUCCGACCUCCUCUUAGUGACGUUGUCCUUCUUCAAUGUAAAGUUGCAAUCAUUUUUUCGCAAUUGGAAUGCGGUG